AUCUCUGAAUUGAGCUGCCAAGCAGAAGUGUCGUUUGUUUACCGCGUGUGGGAUUUUGUGAUAUGUUGUGAUAGCCUUUGUUGAUGUUAUUGUGAUUGAAAAUGACUAAAAUCAAACCAAAGAAAGUUACUAUAGCAAAUCCCGCAGCAGCGUCAAGCCCCCCGCCAGUAGCAAAUCUCAGCACGUUCAAUUUAUGUAAAUUAAUAAAGUUAUUAAACAGAAAAAAAUUAUUGGCCCUCAAAUGGUUUCAGAGAAUAGGCAUGCUGAACAGAGAAACGGCGUGUGAUAAUUGCGGCAGGCCGAUGACACUGGUUCACCGACAAAAUUGCACCGGCUCCAGAGCUGACAAGUAUGAGUGGGAGUGCAAUAAAUGUCGAAUGUGUACCAAGUCCCUAAGAAAUGGCACUGUUUUCCAAUCUAGUAAAUUGUCACUUCAGAAAAUUACGAUUCUGAUGUAUUUUUGGGCACAUGAUUUUCCACCAUGCGUUGCUCAGAGAGAACUUUCGAUUACUGUGCGUACUGUUAAUAAGUGGUAUCUAUUGUGUCAGGAGGCCUGCAUGGAUGCGCUGAUCAGAAAUACUUCUAAGCUUGGAGGAGAAGGACGCAACCUAGAAGUUGUAGAGGGCAAACUUGGGAAGAGGGCAGUAGAUAAUUACAGGACGCCAGCAGAGCACCCUGUCAUUGGCGUUAUUGAUGUUGACAAUGGUAGCUGCUUUUUGCAGGUGGUGAUAGGUAACACAAAAGCUACACUGAUAACUUUACUGAAAGAGAGGAUUGCAAAUGGAACUACACUUCACUCAAAAUGCUGGAGGCUUCGUGAUUGCUAUAGUGAUGAUAAAUUCUGUAAAGUUGUCAAGAAUCACAAACUUACUCUCAGUAAUGAUGAAGGAAACACCUUUCAAAAACUUCAUGCUAAAGUGUGUAAAUCGGGGGAUAAUGUGGGCACAGAAUUGUCAUUUGAUCCAUUAUUGUGCGCUGCCAUUUACAAGAAUGCCAUGAAAAAUGAAGAAUUUUUCUUUGUGAAAUUUCUCGGAGAACUAGGAACCCUAUAUCGUGAUGGAAUUCGAUAUGAGAUGAUGAGCCAGUUGGAGCAUGCUGAUUCGGAACCUGGCACAUCCCGUCAGCAGAGAGAGGCUGUAAAUGUCUCUGAGAAGAUGGAAUGGACAUCAACUGUUGGUUCCCCUUGCUUUAGAUGUCGAUCUAAACAAUACACUAAUUCAGAAGUACAGGCUACUGCUUCAGACGAGAUCACUAUCUGCGAGGAGACUGACGAGGCUCAAAACGUCUCCGUUUCACAGCAGAAUGUCCGCAGGUCGGGUUGUCUUCCCGAAGGAAAUAGUUCCGCAACGGAUGAUAUUAUUAUGUUGGAGGACUCCUGUAAGUCGGUAAAUAGCAUUGUGUUAGAGAAGUCUGCUGAAGGGCCAGGGUACAUUUGUCACUUGGGAGGCAGUGUGUGUGACUUUGUGAUGGAGCCAGUGGAACUCGAGACAGUGGCAGAUCACAGUGGCUUGGAGAGAAGUGCAGCCACUUCAGGUCUCGUUUCUGAAGGUGACUGUGCUGAAGAAAAUGUGCUACUCACAUUAGAGGAUCACAAUGAGAUGCCGGAUAGUAGUGCGAGAGAGAAGAGUAAACAAGUUUCAAAGCAGUCUUCCGAAGUGGUGAACUGCACAGCGAACAGUGUGGUCUUACUGGAGGGGGACGGUAACCUACAAAAUGACGUACCAGUGGAAGAAGAUGGGUGCAUGUCGGGAAGUCACGAUGUGAUAGAUAUUGGAGGAGAUGAGCUGAAUGAGAUCCGCACAGAUGCAGACAUGGACGAUGACCGAGAAACAGAAGCGGACACAAAUGUAGAACAUAUUAAUGAAAUAGACAUCAGUAUGGAGGAGCAGAAAGAUGUGUGUGAUAAGGUAAGUGAGGGACGAACAGUUGAGACAAGUGUCGACGAACGAGAGGUAACGACAUGUGAGGAGGAGGACGUUCGAGGACAUGUUGGUGUAACAGGUGAUAAUGGGUUGCAUGAUGAGGAUUCAGAUACUGACACGUACGAGCAAAAAGAUGCAAACACAGGCACGAAUGUGACUGCCAAGAGACAAUCUCGUAUAGUUUUUAAAAUUAGAGCGAAGAAAAAGGUAGUUCCUUUAAAAAUGAUUCUGCCUGCCGGAUGGAGCACAGAUGUGGAUUCUGAUGUAAAUGGUGAUGGUGUUGGUGAUGAUGAAGAUAUUGCAAAUGCAGAUGAGAAGAGAGAAGCAGAUUCUGAGCUUGUAAAUAUUGAUGAUGCAGAUGAAAAUUCAAAUGAGUGCACAGGUAAAGGCAGUCACGCAAAUGCAACUGCAGCCAAGAGGAGAGAAACAGAUUCUGAUUUGGCAAAUAUUGAUGAUGUAGAGGAUAAUUCAGAUGACUGCACUGUUGAAGGCAGUAAAACAAAUGCAUCUUCAGACAGAAAGAAGGAUGCAACUUCUGGCCCAGUAAAAAAUGUUAACGCAGAAAUUAAAGCGAGUGAGCGAACAGUAAAAGGCAGUAAAACAAAUGUGACUCCUACUAGGAAAAGAGAAGCAGCCUCUGAUCUGGUAAAUAUUGACACCGUAGAAGAUAAUGCUGAUGGACACACAGUAAAACGCAGUAAAACAAAUGAAACUGCCAGUAGGAAGAAGGAUGCAACACCUGAUCUGGUAAACAUUGAUGAUGCAGGAGAUAAAGCAAAUGAAAGCACAGUAAAACUUAGUAAAACAAUUGCAGGUAAGAAGAGAGAUUCAGCUUCUGACAUGAUCGAUACUGACAAUACAGAAGGUAAUGCAAAUGAAAGCAUAGUAAAACGUAGUAAAACAGCUGCUGGUAACAAGAGAGAUUCAACCUCCAAUCUGGUGGAUAUAGAUGAUGCACAAGUUGAUGCAAAUAAAAGCACAGUAAAAUGCAGUAAAACAACUGUGGAUAAGAAGAGAGAUUCAACUUCUGACCUUGUGGAUAUUGAGGAUGUGCAAGAUAAUUUAAAUGAAAGCACAGUAAAAUGCAGUAAAACAGAUGCCGGUAAGAAGAGAGAUUCAGCUUCUGAUUCGGUGGAUAUUGACGAUGCAGAAGGUAAUGUAAAUGAAAGCACAGUAAACCACAGUAAAACAACUGCUGGUAAGAAGAGAGAUUCAGCUUCUAACCUGGUGGAUAUUGACGAUGCAGAGGGCAAUACAAAUGAAUGCACAGUGAAACGCAGUAAAACAACUGCAAAUGCUGAUAAGGAGAGAGAGCGGGGUUCUGCUGUGGUGAUUAUUGACGGCAAUGAAAAUGAACGAACAGAAGUUCUCAGUAAAAGGAAUCCAACUGGUAAGAGGAACAAUGACGUAGCUUCCACUGUGGUAAAUAUUGACGAUGUGGAUGACAGUUCAGAUGAGCAAAAGGAUGUUCUCAGUAAAAGGAAUGCAACUAGUAAGAGGAACAGUGAUAUGGAAUCCAAUGUGGUAAAUAUUGAUGAUGUGGAUGACAGUUCAGAUGAGCAAAAGGACAUCCUCAGUAGAAGGAAUGCAACUGGUAAGAGAAAUAGCGAUGCAGAAUCUGAUGUGGUAAAUAUUGAAGAUGUGGACGAUAAUGCUGGCAAGUGCGAAGGAAGUCCCAAGAAUGCGAAUCCAGUGGCCCAGAAGGAGUCUGCUAUAUUUGCAGAUGUCAUAGAUAUCGACGAAGGAGACAGUGAUGUUGAAUUAAUUGAAACAGAAGCUCAGUCAGGACCUGAUGUGAUGGUUGUCUGUGAACAAAAAAGGAAGGUUUUCCCCAAAGAAGAGUCUCAACGACACGAACGGAGGCUGCUUGUUGAUGAUGUUCCAUGCAGCCUGCCAAAAUCAGUUCUCAGAACAUAUUUUGCAAAAUAUGGAAGGGUAGAGCAAAUAAAAAUACUACCAAUGCCCUCCAGGAGAUCACAGCGAUAUGCAGUAAUGGAAUUCAAUACGAAACAAGCAGUGGAUGCCAUCCAAGCAGCCCGGCCACAUGUGAUGGAGUCUGGAGUCGAGUUUGUUACUUAUCGUGGCAGUUCAAGAGAUGUUGACACUUCGUUAAACACAAGACUGAAGGACAGGAUCAUAGUGAAAGUACAAAAAGAUAAUGGGAAGUUAACUACAGAUGACAUACAGCAGUAUUUUGCAAACUACGGCCAUGUAUAUCACAUAGAACGAGUGAUACUUACUGGAGUAGAGAGCGAGUCUUCCACGUACAUAGUCAGCUUCGAGGACUACGACUGUGCCGAUGUGGCUUGCUUAAACAGUCCACAUACAAUCAAAGGUGUGGAGAAUAUAACCAGUGAAAAGAUAGAAGACGAUGAACUACUCUUGUCGGGGACAGAGAUGGACCCCAUUUGCAUCGAGUACGAUAGCGAUGUGGAGGAGGUUCCAGUCGACGACCCAAAGACGGAGCCAUCUUUUACACGGCAGAGUGAGGAGCUGAAGAGCCUGGAUGAACCAUCCACGAGUGGCUUACAGUCCAGUGCAGGGAAGCGACUGUCGGGUGAAGGGGCCGAUAUGUCUCGGAAGAAGUUUUGUGGUUACAAUACAUUCGAGAGGAACGUACGCACACCACAGAAUACGACAGUGGCGAAUCCGAUCCCGAGUGUUUCACACUUACCGGGAACGCGGACGCCCACAGUUACGAACGGUAGGUUCGGACUGUACGCGCCACAGGGCGGCAGCAGUAACGGCGGCCAAGGCAGCGGCACGAAUUCGUGGCACACGCAGGGAGCGCCGGGCAGGCCGUUCUACAGGAACCCGGUGCAGAGGCCGCUGCAGAGCGCCACCCCGGCUCCGCGUGCCGGCGACGCCGCAGGCCGCGACGGCGGGCUCGCCUCGGUAAACGGAGCGGCGCCGGGGCAGACUACGGCGGAGGCGAUGGCCAAGGUGGGCGCGCUGCUGGCCAACGCGGUGCAGCGCGGCGACGACUUCCGGAAGCGGCAGGCGGCGGUCCGACCGUACCGGCCGCAGAUGCAGCUCCAGCUGCAGCCGCGGCCGCAGCCGCAGCGGCCGCCGUUCCAGCCGCGCCUGCCGCAGUGGCGCAGGCCGCGCCCGCAGAACUUCCAGCCGCGCGAGGAACACCCGUGGCAGCCCGUCAAGCAGGAGCCCGAGUCGCCCACCGGCCCCCAGAGGAGCCUGCCCGUGGGCGUCCCUAUCCCGAGCAGCGGUCUUGCCGGACCCAGCCACGUGACACGCUCCCGUCCAUGGCGCCCCCCACCAAGUCCCGCAAACGUUCGCAGCUUCAUCCCUCGUGCAGCCGGGCAGCAGGGUCCGAGAUUUUAAAUGAAAACUAGCUCCCAAAUUGGACAGGCAUACAUUUUGUGGCACACAGCCAUGUGAGGAAGCAGUGCAGAAAUGAGUGAAGCAUAAGGCCUGACAUGUACAUCACAGCGUGUAUCAUGUUAACCUUUUGUCUUAUGUAAACUUUUGUGUGUGAUAACUGAAUUAAGAGAAUUGACCUCUUUGGUGUUGUGUUUACAAAAGUACUGAUAGAAUGUAAUGUAUUGCUAGUAGUUGCCAAAAUUAGAAAUGUAGCUGGCAGAUGUUUUCCUAUGUACAGGGUAUUACAAUGUGUCCAUAGAGAAAGGGCAUUGUGAUAAACUUUGCCAGUUACUACUGACUACAUACAUUUAUCUUGACUGUAAUGUCAGUGUCCUCCAUGUGUGUCCAUAUGUGUGAUACUGCACAUACUCAAAAUGAGGAAGAAAAAUAAAAUUAAAAAUAGUGCAGAAGAAAUAUAAAUAAUCUUUCCGGUAGUCUGUUAUAUGCAGAAAUUGAUGUAUAUUCUUUUUAAGAGCUAUAAGGAAUAAUGUGAAGCUUGUGUAAUUUUAAAUGUUAAUGUUGUUGUCGUAUAUAUUUUAUUGUAAAGGAAACAUUAUAAUCAGUCAUGUAUAUACAGACAUGUAGUUACUUUUAUUACUUGGCAAAGGAAGCUGAAGACCUGGCCAGAAAAGCAUCACACUGUGUUUACGCCCGAAAGCAAAAGUGGUAGUAGCACACACUCCAAUGUUUUUAGAAAUGUAGCACUUACUUUCUACUAUGGCCGAGUCUACGGUUUGCUUUGUCGGAUAACAAUGUAAUAAUGUGCGUGUGCACCUGCAUGUGUGCACACAAGAGUGUGUGCGCGCGCUCAUGCCCAAAAACACACACACACACACUCAAUGAGAAUGUAGUUCUUGUGUACUGCAUGUCGUGUAAUUGAUGUUUUGAUGUUUUUGUCUUCUUGAUUACUAGUACUGCCAGACAGAUGGCAUAAACUUUUGAUGAGACUGCAAGCUGUCAGAAGCUGCUUAUAAAUAAGCACACACAACAGUGUCUGUGUUUCAUUACAGUUAUGGUAACUGUCAAAUAUAUGAGUUAUGAAUUAAUUACUUCAAAUAUCAGACUCAAACUGAUGUUGGAGUUUUAAAUGUAAAGUGAGGAUCGAUUAUGUGCCAAAUCAGUUAGACUGUACUCAUUUUGAAAGGCUUGUUAAUUGAACAAUUCUUAUAUCAGGGUGUUACAAUUUUACAAUGUACAUUGGUUACACAGUUUUUGUGUUUACUAGGCUAUGAGCCAAAUGUUCUAAUAUACAAAAUAUAUAUUCACUGUCAUAAUAUGCUAGUGCAUCCAAGAGAAAGUGUGACAUCUGCUUCACGUUCAGUUAUUGGCUAGAAGCAGUAUAAAGACAUUAUAGUGUUAGUAGGUUGUUGACUGUUAACUCAAACAGCUAAUUAAGAUAUCUUUAGAUACCUUUAGUAGAUUUUCAGCACAAACAAGUCAUUAUUUCCUGGACCAAUAUUUGGCUGGAAACUCUCGUGCAUUUUCAAGGCAGUUUUAAGUACAUCACAGGAACACAAUCUACAAUUAUUUGUUCAUCAACAUUCGCAGCUACUUCUGUUGUACUUGGAUCAAAACAUGACAUGUUGUGCUAUCUCACGGUGCAUGCGUCACAAAUGAAACAGUGCAUCAGAUGUGUGCAUCAGAUAUGAAAUAAUGCAGGCCAGUCUGGAAGAAACUUCUGCACUUGUUGCCACAAAUUGAUUCAAAUGAUUUGCCAAUCUUUUCUUUUGAUAGCUACCUUUCAGAAGUAUAUGUACACCAACAUGAUUCAUAGGUAGCAGAGACCAACAAAUAAAAUCUCAAAUUGGUUGCAGGUGUCACACAUAUCAAGUGAGAAUGGUUCAGAAUGGUAAAUGCUCUUAGAAAAAAAGACAAUAGAAUUCAUGAAUUGAUCUGAGAUCUGAUUAUUCUCUGUUUGCAAGCCUUAUUGGACAUUUGAUCCUCUGGGACAACUUCAAAAACCACACUCAAGAUGAAUAUUUAAACAUGUUUAGUCUUGAUGUGUUUAUAAUGUAAAUUAUGGGCCACAUUGUUUAUCAGUUCCUUUGUGCAAGAGAAACACUGUUGUAUUUGAAAGGUUUCUCCAGCUUUAUAUACUCUUUGCUCAUUUUGUAUGUUCCUAUGCAUUGCAUAAUAUAGCUAAACAUCGCAACAGAUCCUUGCAGUUACCAAUAUCUUCUUCAAAGAAGUGUUAUCCGUAGGUAUAUUAAAAGGAAAAAAAAAAUUGGUUGUUGAUUUUAGAACAGAUGAUCAGUACUUGUGUUCAGUAGGCAAAAUUCCAAGUAAUAUUGUAAGACACACAAAAAACUAGCUUUCACAGCUGUUAAUUCCUUUCUCGGGAAGUAAGGAGGGAUAUCUGGAAGGAUAGGCAAGUGGGUUUAUCCAGUAACAAGGAUACCACCCAGCAAUUGGAUUUUUGUAGUUUUUUUACAUUCAUGGAACAUGAAGUUCAUAAUUCAAAUAUCAAUAUCCCAAAGCAGAUCGAUGCAUCCCUAAAAAAAAUCUUGACAAACUUGACUUUGCAGUUUUCCAGUGAACUUGAGGAACUUUAACACCCUAAAAUCUUGGCAAUUUUCACAACAGGCAGUGUGGAUCACUGGGUAGCAUUGGAUCACGUAAUCAAUGGGCUGCUGGUUCGAAUCUCGCAGUAACUUUUUUCCAUUCAGUUUUAAUACCUACACAUUUAAAAAUAAAAUUCCUCAAAUAUAUGCUAAUUACCACACAUCUAAUCAUUGUUUUGUGAAAAAUGCACAUCAUCUUGUUUCUAAUUACAUUCUGCAUCCAAAAUUCCAGGCGUUCAUUGAAAAUAUAACUUCUUAACUGUCAAUAUAUUAGUAAAGAUUGCUAAUAAAUAUAGAAUGUUGCAUUUAAUGUAAAUGCUACUUAUGUUUAUAAUAUUUUUUAAUUUUAAUGAUCUUUUAUAUAGUAUUUAUAUUGAAGAAUUUAUAUUUGCAAUGAAAAGUGUAAUUUCACAUGUGUUAUGUAAUAAGAGGCAAAAAGACAUACAUUUUUCAUAAAAAUAAUGAUUAGAUAUGUGCUAAUUAGCACAUAUUUGAUUAAUGUUAUAUUAAAUUAUGUAGUUAUUCUAAGUGAAUGUGGGAAAAAGUCCACGGCGAGAUCUGAAUGAGCAGUUCUAUGAUUACCUAAUUACCAUUCUCCAACACUACUGAGUGACCCGUGGUGCCUAUCAUGAAAGUCACCUUUAUUUUGGGGAAUUAAAAUUCUUGAAAUUCCAUGGCAAAUUUCAAAGUAGAUUUUCUUGAAAAUUUUUGAAGAGUUCCAACAAAUGGCUUAGGAAUAUUUGAGUUUUGAACUCAAAUAGAUUUCUCUGAAGCUGCAGUCUGAAUGACCUGUCACUCCUUUUCAACCUUCCAAAGCCAAUAUCUUUUUCUUCCUGAAGAGGAAACUAAUCAUUCUGCAUCCUAGGUAUGACUUUUUUUUUUUAGCUCUAUGUAUUGAUAGAACUUCGAAUUUUGUCUCUUGAAAAUAAGAAUUGGGCAACAGUUCUAUUUCUUUAUAACUUUACAAAUAUAUGUGCAUAUGUAAAUAACUAGUCUGGAAUUUUUGUCAAUAUAACAACAGUUUUUGUUGUCAUAUAGUUCAGCAGCAAACCAAAAGAUGUUUGUUGUCUGUAUGUUAGUUGUGUUCUGCUUCAGCAUAUACAGGGUGUCCCAGCAGGAAUGGUCAGUAUUCAGGGAACAAUGAUUCAGGCUCUGAAAUGCGUUCCUUAAAAGCCAUGAGCACUUGUUUGGUAAAAAAGAUGUGUUUCUCAUUAGUGAAGAUGAAAAGGGCUCAUAGUGUGUACGGUAUGCUUGUAGAGCCCAUGUUUACUAGGCUUUUAUGCUUUGACCAGUCUUUGUGGUACACCCUGUAUAUGACUAGCAGAAUUAUAAUUUUUAUCUUAUUUUUAAAUUUUACAUUUUUUGUAAGUACCUGACUGCAGAGAGUAGUUUUUUACUUUUAUUUGUAUUCUGUAUCACCGUACUAUUAAAUGUUGAUUCUGCUAUAAUCUUUCUGUUCAAUAAAAGUGAGCACCAGCUCUAAAUUGUGUCUUAAUAACUGAAUAUGAUGCCAGUCACAGGAGAUCUUUGAGGAAGUAAUCACUUGCCACUCAAAAGGCCUGUGCCUAAGGCAUUUAUCUCCCAGUGUGAAACUGUGUUUAUUAUCCAUGUUGUAGAUCAAACAUUCUUAUCUGUUUUGGUCAUUUGAGCUACUCUUCCUUCCUCUUUCCCUUCCUUUCAUAAACUGUGAAGUAGCAAACUGUCCUUUUAAAUUACCAGUGUAAGAUGUGAUUUUUGUCUCGCACUUUUCUCAGAGCACACAUUUCUCUCCUCCAGUUCAGUAUGCAGAAGAAAGGAACAGUGACAUUGACUUUAACCUCUCAUAUUCAGAGGAAUGGUGCUUUGCCAAUGAGAAUUCAUGAAGGUCAGGUAACUACUUAUAGUUUUCAAAUGUUCACUCUGGAUCUAGCUUCAGUGCUGUGCCCCCCCCCCCCCCCCUUCCCCCAACAAACUCUCUCUCUCUUUCUUUCUUUUCUGAUUUCAGGAAAACAUUUUCUGGUUGAUCUAAUGAACCAUCUUCAAAGCUUCUAGAACUGUGAGGGGAAUGUGGCUACUGCGUGUGGCUAGUGAGGGAGAGUGAGUGUGUGUCAUAUACAAUUUUCAUUGUUUAUACUUUUCUUCUGUCCUGGAAUAUUCCUUAUAUAGUAGCUUUACUUCAAGUGGACACCUGCUCCUGAGGAAGUAGGCCACAUAUCUGCAUCUGAGGAAAUGGGCCAAACACCACACAACCAUUCAUCGUGCCCUGUUUAGUAUAAGACUGACUAUUAACCUCCAAAACUGGCACCACUGUGGAUAGUUAAGUUAUAUUAUCCUAGCAUCACCUGCUGAUGCGGCCAUUAGAAACCAAAGGAGAUCUGGUCCUUCCUCUUGCUUUUGCUUUUACUUAGCUGCUAUGUGUUUCCAUAAACUGUUUAUAUGAACCUUACAACAACUUCUGUGGCCUUGCCCAUUUGAUGCCCACCAGUGUGCAUCUGUAAGCAUUAGGACAGACCUUCAGCUGAUAAGCACUGAACUUUUUAUACUUAAUGGUAAAAUGAAAGUUGCACUGUUGUAUAUAACAUUAAAAUGGAUCCUUGCAUUGUUUGUUUAUCACCAGGGCAGGUAUAAAUGAUGGGUAUUUGCCAGAGGAAAAAAGACAAAUGAAAAUGACUGACUUUUGAUUAAGAAGAGACAAGAAAGAAAGAAAACUAACUAAUGGUCCUACAGUCACAUGCAGACUGAAAUAAUUGCAGUACCAUAAAAAUUAAUAGAAUUCUCUGCAUUGAAUAUAUGUGCUGCUCCUUCUGGAGAUAUGUAUGUCAUAAUGCAGUUUGAAAGACAGUUACAAACAUAAUGGAUGAGUAGUUCACAUACAAUGGUAGGGAACAAAAACAGACUUAUAUUCUGCCCAUUUAUAAUUUGUCACUCAGUUAAAUUACAUUAGGUUAAUAAGUCAUGUUGACUGACAGUGGCCUUCUGGCUUUAUUUUCCACAAUAAUUUGCACAAAAACUUGGUUGGUCCUCUCUCUAUCUACAAUAAUUACACUGGACAGACAGACUAUGUACUAACAAUGGAGAUCUGCAUAAUUUUGCUGACAGUAUUCUUGAAAUCAGUGAAAACAAACGGAUUACCAAACCACAUUCUGCAAUAUCGAAAAAUGAGGCUGUCAUUCCGACAGAUGGUAACGAAAGAAAAGGAAUGUGACAAUAAAAUCUCAAAUGAUGUGCUAGGUGACGAAUUUUGACAGUUUUACUUGACAUAAUGACCAAAAAAUGUGCUACAAUCCUGCAAAGAGAUUAGUAACAUAUUUACACCAGUGUAUACAUAAAAUUAGUGUUUAUUUUUAAAGUUACAUAUAAUUUUGAUACAUGUUUUGUCAUUAAAUGACAAAAAUAACUCUAUAUUCAAGAUUGAAUGGAUAUAUUGUGCUUAAAAAUGUACAAUGUAUGGUCAAAUUGUGUUGUAAAUUGAACUUCUCUAUUUGAUAGCUCAUUACUGCUUUCUGUACUUUAGCAUAUCAAACGAGCAUUUAUGAAUGUUUGAAAGUGUGCUUUUGCCUGGAAAGUCUUUUAUUUAAGGUAUAAUUUGUACUGAUGGAAAGGAAUAAUGGAAAAUCUCAUUACUUAAUAACCUGUGCUCACUGGGGAGCCUUACUAACUUCAAUAUUCUCACAUUGUCAGCUGUAAUUAUGUUUAUCCUUAGCUAAUAUCUGUUAAAAUGUUUAGAAUUUUUUCUACUAGUUUCUCUUUGGAACCAGUGGGACAUACAGUUUCCAACCAACCAUCAUUUCAUGUAAUUUAUUUGAAAGUAAAUUCACAUUAUUCCAAUACAAAAAAACCCACAGCUCAAAACUUCCAUUGUCUCUUAAUGCGUAAAACUAUAUAGGCCUAAAUAACAAGCAAAAAUGGGCCUAAAAUUCAAUAAAUUAUGUAUCACAAUUACAUUCUGUCCCAUGGUUUCAUUUUGAUAAUAUUAUGAAAGCAGUAGUACAAACUUAAAUGUAUGUUACAAUAACUUAUAUAUAAUUUCUUAUACUUACUUUUACUGUCAAGAUCUCCUCAGAAUGGGCACUAUAAAAGAAACCCAAGUCAGAAUCUCCUACAAUCAUGUAGCACAGUCUAUAUGCUGACCCUUCCUACAAUCCACUACAUUUAUAGAAGUACCUCAGUGUACCACUAGAAAACUCGGUUUUACAUUAAAUGUGUAUGUUAACAAAAUAUAUAUUAUCCACCAGGAUCACUGACAGAGGCUGUAGAAACUUCGAGUUUAUGUAAAAAGCUGUUUUAGACCUUACACAGCGGUAAUAAUAGGUCUUAUCAAUAUGCUUAUCAUACUGCAGUCUAUGCCAAAAUGCUAUGAACUUUUAUUGCUCAUUGAUAUGACCCAUUACCAUUGGAGUGGAAGGUCUGAAAAUGGUUUAUUAUAUGAAUUAAAGAACGUAAUUGCCAAAAUUCACACAAGUGAUCCAGACAGAUAAGAAAUAUUCUGUUGAAAGCAGAAGUGAUAAUAAUGUUAUUGUUGACUCAGUCAUUUUGUAUAAAAUUAUUGGGUCUCCAUUAGUGCUUGUGACUGUGUGAAUAGCAGAGCUGCGUGGCUUCGUUAAUGAUUAAGAGGUGUACAGAAUAGCCAUAUACAUACUCAUCUGACAAAUUAGGAUAGUCAAACCUUAUAGGACUGUUAUUCGAGAUAUGUUGCAUCAGAGAGAAAACAAGAGCAGGAAAAACAAACCUAUUUUAUAAACUUUAUAAUAUGUUUCACACAUAAAUACAUCACAUGACUUUGUCUUAAAUUUGAAUGAGUUUCCAGUUACAAUAACAAUUCGUCAUGUAACAACUCUUCUUUCAAUAACACCUAGUAUACUUUAGCGAAACACUUUCUAGUGAUUGUACAGCAGCUUUACCAGUUAUAACUUUUGGUAUGUUCAUUCUUUCCAGAACUUAUGUGUCAUUGUUAUUCUUCAAAUCAUUCAUAUAAUUCUUUCUGUGCACUAGCUCUUCUCCAGAAGCAUUUUGCAUGACAACUGUAGAGACUCAGUUGAGCCUUAAGGAAUAGUGUAUCCCGUCUCCAUUCUCUUCCACCAAAUAUGGCAUCAGGUGAUACACGAGUUGAGUUGAAGGAACAGUAUAAAAUUUGCAAAAUUUAAGUACAUUUUUUGUAGAUGUUAUACUGUUUGCGUCACAUCAUAGCUUGGAGUACAUUUAAAUAUUAAAAAUAUAUAUCUAAAGUUUUCUUGUGAAAAUCUAAAGUCUCUCUCUGCCGAGCUGUUGUAAGGAAAUAACAAUUUUUUCAACCGUAUGUAGUUACACACUUGUAACACCUACUGUUCAUUCAAACAUGUUUGUAGGUGUUACAGUUUGCUGCAACAAAAUCCAAAACAACGUAAUCUGACAUACAUACUGACAGAAGAAAUUUUUGGAUGAUUUAAAAUGAUAACACAGUAAAACCCUGGUUAACUGAAACAGGAUCAACAAAAACCCGGGUUAUCUAAAUUGACUACGAAAAUCCCUCAUAAAAAAAAAAAAAAAGUUACAAUACCAACAAUAGUGCAUUCACAUGAUUGUUUCUUUCCACUGUUGGUGCAUUUUGUGCUAUGCUACAAACAAUUAAGUGCAGUAUACUGUACAUUUAUGUAAUGUAAUCAUAAAAAUUUAAUUUUAACUUUAAUAAAGAACGUAAGAAAAGCCUACAAAGAGCUUUUUGAAUCUGUCUGGCUGUCAAAACUUUCAAAAAUCCUUAUAUGCUAUAGUGUUCAUAGUUUAACCAAAAAAAUUAUUGUCCGAAAUGGAAUCUCCUCCCUAUCCCAUAGUUCUGUUAACCAGGGUUGUAUUGUAUGAAGGGAAGUUCUGUGAAUACAAACAAUAAGCACAGUCGCUGUAUAUUUGAGGUGUUGAGUGGCAGAUAGAAAUGCAAAAUAGGAGUAAAACAUUUUUGUGUGGCUUUUGAGACUGUUAUCUUCAUAAAUUAACAGGAUACUAGUUCAAAAAAUGAAUGGCAGUAUUAAUGUUGUUUUACUUGUUGAACUGCUGCUCCGUACCUCAACUGUGUGGCGAGUGGCUGUGUUUAUCCAUUGUGAUGUCAGUAGUGGAGUUGUGAAUGUUUCAAAUAGCUGUUUUUCAAAAAGAACAGUUACACUUUUUUGAUUGGAGAUUUAUGUGGAUGUAACAUAAGGACUUUCGAUGGUUAUUAUGUUGUGAAAAGAUGACUUAAUUGCCACUACCUGGUGAACAUUGUGUAUAUAUUAUUGAUUAAUAACACAAAAAAUAUUUUAGAUAUAUUGUGAAUGUUUGUAUAGGAUACAAAAAUAUAAGAUGCGUAAUCAGAAAGAAAAAAAUCUAUUCCUUGAGUUGACAGUCAUUGGCAGACACAUGUAUAUUUGUAGCUGCUUGCAUUUUCUGAAUUAUCAGUAUUUUGUGUGUAAUUAUUUGUGUGUAGACAGGCAUGUAUAAAUGUGUUUCAUUGUUUCUGGAGUGUGUUUGCUUAAAACAUAAAUGUUUCUUGAUGUGAUAUGUAGACAACUAGUCAACUGAAAUAUAUAUUAAUAUGGCUUCUCCAGAUUCUGCUUGACAGUGUUAUAUCUAUGUGUCAGUUCAACAAAUUCUUACAUAUCCAUAAUUGAAUGUCAGUGGUGCAAAAUGCAGUAGUUAAUUCAACAAGACACUGUGAUCCCUUUCCUGUGUCUGAGGUACGCACAUCAGUCUGGUUUCGCACUCAUUUAUUGUCUACUUUUGUAUAAAGUAUAUCAUUGAAUCACUAAAUUAUGACAAAAUGAUGAUAUGCAACUGGAAGCCCUGUUCUCUCUUUAGCUUGUGUAUGCUACAUUUAGUUCUCAGCACAACCAAACCUGUUACACUCUUAUGUUCAAUACUACUUAACCGAUAAAAAGGAAACAGAAGAUGGCCAAUGCUAAAUGUACAUUGCUGAAAUGUUUUGGAUUAUUAUUCUCUAUAUGAGAAAGUUAUCAUUAAUUUUUGAUUCUCUUGUUUAAAUCAUUAAUCUUAUAGUCAUAUAGCUUGAAUGCAAUCUACAAUUAAAUGAAAAGUACCAAAAAGUGCAGAACGUGAUUCAUAAAUGUAGGGAAAUUGGUGCUGUUUUUAAUUUCUGCGCAUUAUGAAUACAGUAUGCCAAUGAAAGCUCCUGAAAGAAUGCUUUAACAGAUACAUUCAUAGUUUCACAAAUUCCUUGUUGCCGAUUUCACACUUUAUAAACCAACUGUUUUAUUGUAAGGACUUGUUCAGUUUUCACAAACCUCAUUAUUCUAUAGAUAAUUUAUUGUCAAUGUCUGUGUGUGGCAAAUGUUUUGUUAGUGCCAUGUAAAUACUUAGUUUAUUUCUUCCAAGUUGCAGCUUUUGUAAUAUUUGUAAAUCUUACUAUGUUCAAUAAAAUGUAAAUGUGUGUGUUAAUA